CUCCCCAGUUCGGAGCCUCUACUUCUCGGGCCUGGCUUUCCCGUUGGCUUGCCGCGGGCUUGCUGGGCUUACAAGGGCGCAGACCUCGCGGAGGAGACCGAACUGUGGCACUUCCAGGGCUCCCAGCUCUGACAGCCCACUCGGUCAGGUCGGCAUGGAACGCUCGCCUCCCCUGCGACUUUUUGAAGGAGCCAUUAGCGCCGCCCUGUCUCCGCCAUGACCACGCAGAAGUCUGUCACGUAGGCCGGAUGAGCAGAAGUGCGCACGCGCCGCGUUGUCCGGCUGCCCUGUGCUUGAGGGGAAGGCUGGAGUCUCCUCUGCUGUGCAGUGACGCCCGUGGUCCAGGGAUGUACAUGCAGGUAGAGGCACGCACCAGCUCCUGCCUACAUCUGAAGAGGGCUCCGGGCAUCCGCUCCUGGUCCCUGCUUGUGGGAAUCUUGUCCACUGGCCUGGCUGCUGCCUACUAUAGUGGAGAUAGUCUGGGCUGGAAGCUCUUCUAUGUCACAGGCUGUCUAUUUGUGGCUGUGCAGAACUUGGAGGACUGGGAGGAAGCCAUCUUCAACAAGAGUACCGGUAAAGUCGUUUUGAAGACAUUCAGCCUCUACAGGAAGCUGCUGACUCUUCUCAGAGCAGGCCAUGACCAAGUGGUGGUCCUGUUGAAUGACAUCCAAGAUGUGAACGUGGAGGAGGAGAAAGUCCGGUACUUUGGGAAGGGCUACAUGGUAGUGCUCCGGUUUGCAACAGGCUUCUCCCACCCACUCACCCAGAGUGCAGUCAUGGGCCACCGCAGUGAUGUGGAAGCCAUUGCCAGGCUUAUCACUAGCUUCCUGGACCUGCACCACCUGGAGAGCCCCUCUGAGAAGUCUCAGAGCAGUGACAGCGAGGCUGAUGGCCCUGGAAGUCAGAGCUGAUGGCCUGGAAUGGCCACUGGUGACCAUCUGCUUCUGAUGUGUCUCCUGAUGAUUGGCCAGUCACAAGGAUCCAAGCAGAUCUUGGGCAUCUGCCUGUGGCUCUCCGGGCAGUCCUAGGUUGUACUAUUUCCUUUUGCCUGUUUACACUUCUACUCUGCAGACCCCUGGGCUGGACCCUCCUCCAUGACCUAAGAAGGCUGCAUCUGCGAGGUUGCAGGAGGCAGGGACUAUACCAUGGAUUGCAGGGGCUUAGAAAUUAGUGCCUUUCCCAGAAUUGAACUAUAGCCCUGGCUUGGGCAGCAUGACCAGGUCAGGAGACACUCACCCUACACAUCUGAAUGAUGUUGGUCUUUCUUCAGUAUGGAGCCAGGGCAUGACACCCAUACAUGUUAGGAGGGCCUGGCCCAUCUGUGGAUAUGGGUGCCAACAAGCACCAGAAAUCCUGAUGUUUCCUCUUCCUAUUGCUUCCCUAGAUUGGGAAUCUUCAGUAGUCAGAGGCUUCCCUGAGGGCAGCACAGGCUGCUGGGGCAAGGGCAGAACAUACAAGUGAGCCUGGUUAUUUGGGCUGCAGCACUUUCAGAAGCUUCCUGUCCUGGAGGGUGACAGCAUUGGCUGCAUGGAAUUCAGCAUACUGAUUGCCCUUCCCAGAUAGCUUGUCUGAGUGUCAGAAGAAUUGCAGAAGAGCUGUUUUGAAUGGGAAGAAUCCUCAGGCUCAACCUGGGUAGAAGCCAUAGCAUCCUGUGGCCUCUGAAGCCCAGGAGCUCCUUUGUAGAAACUAAGCUCCAGCCUCUUGAGCCCUGAAGAACUUUAGAAGAUGGACAACUUUUGUAAUUCUAGUCCUGAGGAGGCUGAGGCAGGAGGAUUAAGAGUUCAAUACUAGGGCUGGGGAGAUGGCUUAGCAGUUAAAGGUGUUUGCUUGCAAAACCUGAUGGCCUGGGUUCAUUUCCUCAAUCUGUGUAAAG